UCGAGGCUUUGAACACUAACUCUGCUGUGGACGAAGGGUAUCCUUGAUCACGUUACCUAGCACCUCUGUACUUGAGGUUCCUUAAAAAGGGGUCAGUAGUUGCUAUCCCAUGGGCCAGUGCUGAGAGGUUUUAGGUACAAAGCAGGGGGUCAGUGACUCUUGGUGGCCCUGGACCAAAUAAGGAAGCUGUUGUUCCUCAUUCCCCCUCUUGCUGAUAUGUUUUGUUUCUCUCUGAUCUCAGGUUCCUAGAGGUGGCACCAGCCGAUGGCUGGAAGCAGGGUGAACCAGAAGGCAGACAUCUUCUGAGCCCUAAUCUGGAGUUACCGAACAAUGGUGACCGGGUCCCUGAACUCUAUAGCCUAGGCUUGGAGGGGACCAAAGGUGUUCUUGGCUAUGAAAGAAAAGAAUUUGGACGACAGAACCUAAAAGGAAGACUGCCCCCUGGAGCAGAUACAUUUGCCACGGGAAUCCAUGUCAAACUCUGGGACCUUUGCAGAAUCUCUCUGUCUACUCAGUUGUGGGGAGGUAGAUGGCUCCAGGAAGGAGUCUAGUCAGCCUUGGGGGCCAGGCCAGGAGUGGAUAGAGCUAGACAAAGACAGUAUGAAGGAGAAGGUGUUUGACCAGCCGAAGACAAUCGAACCUGUACAGAAGCUGCUCUCUGGGGUGGACGAAGAGGCUCUGCAGGAAGCCGUGAAGACAGAGUGCUGGUGGAAGAUGUGGGUGAAGAAGCCAGUCUCCUUUGAGGAUGUGGCAGUGAAUUUCACUCAGGAAGAGUGGGAAUGUCUAAAUGCCAGUCAGAGGGUCCUCUACCAGGACGUUAUGUCAGAGACCUUCAGAAACCUGGUGUCUGUGGAUCUGAUCACCAAGCUUGAACAAGAAGAGAAACAGUGGAGAGCAGAUCUCUGUCCCUCAAAUGGAGGUCUUCAUUCAGGAGGCAAGAAGGAGAAACUUGAAGAACAGAGUCAAAGUGAGAGAGAUCAGGGGACUAGUGAUGACAAGAAGGUCCCUCUUGCUGGCAGAGGGGUGAGCCCCUCCUCCACUCCAGCUGGGUCCCUGGACAGGACGUCAGUGUUGCCCGCAUCCUGGGCGGGGCCACCCUUUUCCUGCCACAUCUGUGGCAGGUGUUUCAGCAAGCGCUCCGGCCUCCACAGCCACCAGUUUGUUCACAGUCCCAAGCGGCAUAACAUCACCUGCGGCCAGUGUGGGAAGUCAUUCCGGAACCCCAAGGCCCUCAGCUACCACCGGCGCAUGCACCUGGGGGAGAGGCCCUUCCGCUGCUCGCUCUGCGACAAGACCUAUUGUGACGCUUCUGGACUGAGUCGUCACCGCCGCGUCCAUCUGGGUUACCGGCCCCACUCGUGCCCCUUCUGUGGGAAGUGCUUCCGGGACCAAUCCGAGCUCAAACGCCACCAGAAGACACACCAAGGCCAGGAGCAGAGGACUGGAAACCAGAAGCAUAUUGUGAGGAUUCCAGAUAGCGCAGCUGGAUUCCAGGGACUCACAGCUGGGAACCAGGCACCAGUGGCCAGGACCCAAGGACCUGCAUUUAAAACCAAGGGUCCUGAGGCUGGGGCCCAGCCAUCUAUAGAUAAGAACCAGGCACCUGUAGCCAAGAACCGAGUGAUCACUAUGAAAACUCAGGCCCCCGUCUUUACAACCCCAGAGCCUGUGAUCGGGACCCAGGCGACCAAUACUAGAGCCACCUUCCUGGAUUCCAAGACCAACUCUCACCCAGAAAAGCCUUCAAGAUUCAAGGUAUCUGGCUCUCACUGUCCCUUGACUUUCAGCAAGAGAGCCUGUCUCCCUGGCCCCCAGAAGGCCCACCUCACAGAGCAGUCCAACUGCUGCUUCCACUGUGGCAAGUCCUUCACUUUAUUCUCGGGGCUGGUCAGGCACCAGCAGACUCACUGGAAGCAGAAGGUCUACCGCUGCCCUAUCUGCGACGUCUGCUUUGGGGAGAAGGAGGACCUUUUGGGCCACUGGGGGGGCUACAAAGCCAAGGGGCUGUGGCUGGGGAGUCCGCAUCAAUGCUGGGCACUCCUGGGUCAGUGGCUUGGCUUCUUUCAUGAUACACCCCCUACAGCAGGGAAGGAAAUGGAUUUUUCUGGAUCCAUACCCCUGGAAGAGGGAAGGAGGGGAGGGGAGAAGGGAGGCAGAGGAAAGAAAGCAACUAAAGGUCUUGGAACAGAAAUAAAUGACCUUUCUGUCCAGGUCUUUCUCUGUUUGGUUUUCCUGAAGACUAACCUCCAGGGUAAGGAGACUGGGGGUAGAGGAACCCAGACCAUCAAGUAG